AUGGCCUCGAGUCCUAGCACCGCGGCGCCGCUGGUCCAGACGCCGAUCCAAGUAUCGACGUACACGCGGCCACGCAGUAAGCAAGUGGACGAUGUGUGCAGUAGUCACAGCAACAAUAUACAUCGCUCGCACGUCGCUGUAGGCGAUGUCGUCCGACUAGGCACGCAUGGCCUUCGUCGCCGACGUGGCCUCGUCGUGACGCUCGAGCAGGGCGUCGCGAUUGUCCUCAUGGACUUGCAGACACAAACACCCGUGCAUACGUAUACACUCAAGCCGUCCGAGCAUGCAUGCACGCCGCCCCUGGUUAUUGAGCGCAGUGUGCCUGGCCCCCACCACCGCCAGUUGCUGCGUACUACGUACGUCGGCCUGCUUGACGCAGGCCGGGCUGCCUCCCCCACUACGCGUCUUACAGCGUACACGGAAGCACUAGACAAGCCCGGCAAGCAUGUGCCGAGCAUCGCGACGACGACAUCCACGUUCGACGUGCCAGGCCAUCUUGUGCAUUUGUACCCUUUGCUCUCUGGCGCGCUGCUUGCAGCGCGCAACGAUGGCUCUGUGGUGCUCCUCAGCGAUCCGAUGGACGAGCAUCGGCCAUGCUCGGUGCUCGAUACCUAUGCGGCUGAUCCGAUCUACCAUGAUGUACGUGUUCUCGAUGGGCCUGCUGCGCACUCUCUCUUCGCACACCAUGCGACCAGCAACGACGACGGUGCCACUGUGCAAGGUGCGUGGAUCGGUGUUACGAGCCACCCAAAUGCGCGUAUGCUGCGCCUGCAUGUCGUGGGUGUGUACCCAACGGCGCCUUAUUUCCGUGCCGUAGCGAACGACGUGCCCUCAAUCGAUGCACGCCACCUCGUGAGCUGUGCCUUGGAUGGCCAUGGCAUCUUGGCCGCGCUUACCCGCACAGGCUUGCUGUAUACCACCACGUUCGCUAUGGACGGGGAUACCUUGCAGAUCGAGGCACCUCAUACCGUCUCGCUUGCCCUUCAGCAUGCAUGCCUCGUCUUCCUUAGCACGACACACUUGCUUCUUAUUGCGCUGCAAUCUGACGGUGGGAAGGUGCGUGCGGCGGCGUUGGUAUGGGACACAGACUUGGACGCUGUGUUAGCCUCUGUGGAAUGGGCGCUCAGCACCACCGAGGCGACGCAGGUGCAUGCGGCGCGUGUGCUGGACGAUCAUGUGUUGAUUCAAAUGGAUACGUCCGAAGGAAGCAGAGGCGGCAAGGGUACAUUGGCCGCCCUGCCUGUGACUGUCCCAGCCCGUGGCCUUCUUCGUCAUGCUCUCCAGGCCGCCACACGCACGCAGCCAUGGCUCGUGGCCAAGGACGAUAUCGAGGCUACGGACGCAGCCGCGUCGACCACCUCGCCGACCACCUCGAGCUGGCUUGCAGCGCUCUCUGCCCUCCCGACGGAGCCAGGUGCACGAGCUACGGCACUGGACGAGCAAUUCCAGGCUUGGCUGCACAAGGAAAGCGAGCAUCUUCGCUCGGUGGAGCACGUCAAGGCGAGUCGCAAGGCGCCCAAAGUGCCGCUGGACGCUGCGCUGGUGACGCACGUCCUGGACUAUGCGCUGCCGCCCCUCGCCAAGCCAGGUACGCCUAGCUCUGCGCCUGUCCCUUACGCACGCGAUACCGUACGCUACCUCCUUGAGCGCGGUGUCGUCACCGCCUCCCUCCUGCCGGAUCUCGUGCCGCGCGCGCAGCGCACGCGCGACUGGUCGGUCCUCUUCUUGCUCCUCCGUCACGUGCCCGACCGAAGUGAGGCCCAUGCGGUGGCCCUGCUGGCGGAAGCCCUCGCGACGCGCGAUGCGCCACAAGCGCCCGCCGUGGCGCGUGUACUACAGCAUGUCUUGCUGCCACCGACCCUGGCCAAGCCAGCGCUGCGUAUGGCGCUGCGUACGCAUAUCAAGAACGACGACGACGUGCUGAUUCUCCUUGAUAUUUUGCAAACGUGGCUGGAGCUCCAUAUUUAUGCGCCUCUGGAAGGCAAGGCACGUCGCACGACCGAAGGCACACGGGCGGUGCCCCAUACCGAGCUGACGUACCGCGUCGGUGACGUCCAGCCCCCACGUCUCGAGGCGUGUGUCUCGUUUGCGGAAGACUUGCUUGAUACCUAUUUCCCGCAAUGGAUUGCCGCUGCGCCACGCACGCAUAUGUUCCUUCGCGAUUUCAUGCGUGGGCUUACACAGGCUGUGCAAGCCAUGCAGACGCUCUCCCGCCUUCGUGCGCCGCUGCAUACCGUGGCGCAUGCACGUGAGAGGGACGAAAAGGAUGGGCGCUCGAAGCGUCUCGAGCUGCAUGAGGCGAGCUUGCUCGUCCCAACGUACUCGGUCGAGUCGCUGGAGGUGUAA